UGUGUCACUUUUACGCUUAGCGCGCUCUCCACAAACUGCCGCUCAGCAAAAUGCUUGUUAUGUGCUUGCUCUCUCGCAUUAACUGUAUGUGAGUGUAUGUCACAGCGUUGCUUUAUAAAAACACACCUGUGUUCUGAGUGGGUUGCGAAGACUGUCGUCGGCAGCAUGAUAACUAAACGCCGUUAAUUUGUUGUUGGUAGUUUGAGAAAAUGGUGAGAGCGCAGCAAUGUGGAGAAGAGCAACAGCAAACGGUAGCAGCGCAACGAAGCAACGAGGAUGCCAAUAGUAGUCCACACAAAAUAAUGUACUUUUUUGACAUUUGUGUUAUUUCGUGACACACAAAUCAAUUUCGUCGUCGUUGUCGUUCGGUUCGGUGUGUUACGUGAAUUUUUCCAAGCGAAACGAUGCGCUGAAAAAACAGUUAUUGCAGUGAAAAUUUUCAGCUUAAGUGCAGUCUAAAAAUGCUAGUUAACCGUUAAUUUAUAAGCUUAGAGUUUGUGGUUGGAGCGUCCUUCGAAAUUUGUGGAUUUCAGUAAGAAUUUUGCUUGAAAUCCUUGCGUAAGUGAGACGUGCCUUCGUUCGCAGUGUUUGCUGAAAAAGUGUUAAAGCGUUGUCGGCAAUAGUGACACAAUUUUCACGCACACACGCGUACAAACUGAGGCAGGUAAAGUGUUAUGCGAAAACCGCACGAUUUUUUGUGGGUCUCCAACGACCGCUGGCGGAUAUCGGAAGCGGAAGUUGCUGCGAAAUUAGUGUUGGGUUGUGUGUUUGACUGAAUAUAUGACACUAAAGUUGUUGAUGUAAAACACUGCGAUGUCCAUUCAUAAAAGUAUGAAAAAUUGCAGCAUAAAAGAAGGCUUUUCUUCCUAAAAGCUAAGCAUAACGAACUUUGUACUUCGUAAACUAAUCUUACAACGAAAUUUCACCAAAAUCUAGCGAAAACUGAAUGUCGAGAUUAAAAAAAAAUCAAAAAAAUCUUUAGGAAAUAAAAAAAAUAUACUAAACUUCUGACAGAAAAAUAUAAAAUAUUACGACUAAUAAUAAAUAAUAUUAAUCAAAAGGCAACAACAACGCUCUAGUUUUAUUGAAGAAAAUAAAAAUAUUACAAAAAAAAAUUAAAAAAGUGUAAACACACAAAAUAAGUGAAAAUUUGCAGCAUAUUAUUUCUGGCUUGCUGGUGAAAAACCUACAGCAAAAGUUAACAAAUACGAAAAUCUUACGAAAUAAUAUUAAAAAUAAAACGCUUGCAGUGCAUAACGAAAGUGUUCACAUAUUAUAUAGAUUGAUGCUUAAAAAAAAGUUUGUGGAAUUAAAAUAUAUAAAUAUAUAUAGAAUAUAAAAAAGUGCAACAAAAAUUAUUAAAUUUUAUUAAAAUUAAAAUUAAUAUACGAAAUAUAAACAAAAAAUGUAAAAUAAUUGAAUAUGACAAUUACUUUACUAGAAACAACAAUUAAAAGGGAAAAAACAACAAUAAAAAAAUUAUAAAAAUAUUUUAGAAAUUUAAAAAAUAAAUAUUUUAUUUGUCGUUUGAAAAAAAUUUAAAUUUAUAAAUAAAUAAAAAAUAAUUUAAAAAUUUACAUACUAGCAGUUAUCGAACAAAUAUCGCGAAAAAUAUUCCAAUAAAAAAUUAAAAGGAAUUAAAAUAAUUAACAAAAUACGUAUAAAUAUAUAUAACGAAUAUAUUUCAAAUAUUUUUCGAGAACUUCAUCAAUGGUUGCUUGUGGUUGUAAAACGUAGCCGAAUGCGAAUCUUAAUUACAUGCAAAAUAAAUGGGUACAAUGAGGCCAAAUAAAUACGAUGUUACCACAGCUUACGGUCUAUGCCAAGAUUAUUUACCUCCUGAUGGUGGUGAUUUCGGGUGCAUUAUGUACAGUAGAAGAUUAUGUAAUAAUGUCACAGUGUGCACACAACAAAGCCAUACAUGUAGCUGCGGAAGGAACAGUCUCAGUGACAGACAUUUCACAGACACAAAAUAUAACGAUAGUCGGCCUCCCGGACUAUGUGAACAACAAUCUCAAAAUAGCACUGUACGCAAAAGAAACACAACGGUAUCUGUGUUUCAACGAUCAGUGGAAACUAGUUGGAAUGAAAGAACUGCGCGACACCUGCUACUUCAACGAAACCAUCGUACACGGUUAUUUCGUGUUUCGUUCCGUAGUCGAUCUGCAGCGACGUGUCGGCUUCACGCAUCGCGGUAAGGCGGUCGGGCCGAAGAAGAAUGUCAACGAUGCCUGCUAUCUGUUCACGAAGAUACAGGCCGAUCAGUUUUUCCAUCAGCACACCGAUUAUUUUGCACCGAAAUCGAAGAGCACCAAAAUCAUCAGCGGCAUUGGUCACUCACCGCCGCAAACAACAACAACAGCCACGCAUACAACAUCAGGCGCCUCAGCGCGACUGGCGUCACAGCGCGCUGCACUCUCGGCAGCUGCUACAACGGCGACUGUCACAGCAACAGCGGCGCAACGCAACAACAACAGGCUAUUGCGUAACAACAACAACAAGAAUAAGCGAGUGAAUGGCAUGCGCAGCGGCAACAAUAAUAGCCGGAGCAGUAACAAUAACCAAAAUGCAGAGUACACUAAUAAUGGCCAUAAUAGCAAUUUAAGCAGCAGCAGCAACAAUAAUAAUAACAAAAACAACACCAACAAUCAGAGCGUUAAUAAUAACCAUAAUAACAACAGUAAUUUAGUUAGCAAUAGUCAGCAGCAGCAGCAGCAAGUAGAUUUAAGUCAACAGAAGCAACACAACAACAGCAAUGGUCGCACGCGCGAACAUGUGCGUCAGCAACAACAACAUCAGCAUCAAGUGCGGCAUCAUCACAACGAUCCGAACUUGAUAGCACGUCGCCAACAACACGAGCACAAACAGAAGCGGCGACAGCAUCAGCGCCAGCAGCAGCAGCGACUGCGUAGCGGCAGAAUAACUAGUCCAGCAACAACAACAGUAGCGCUAAAUGACGCGCAAGAACGCGCCACAACGACGAAAGCGCUUUACAGCACGGCGGCAACAGCUGCUGUGGCGCGCAGCAAUCCGCAGCAGGAGAAAGGCACGCGUCAUGAACCGCAAGCGGCGACUGUUGCAAAUGUGGCGGCUAAGGCGGCAACGGCAACUUCAAUAAUUAUGAAGUCAACAACAACCAUUGCCAAUAAGCGUAAGGGACGGCGAAGAAAGGGGCGAAAGCAACGAAAACAGCAGCAGCAACAACAACCACAGCGCGCACAACAACAAAUGUCGCCGCUCGUCGCGCAUGAACCCGCGACACCAACGCAAACCACUCGGCUGUGGAGCGAUUCACCAACGCCACCACUUCCGUCGCUGCCAGCGCAGACGCAGGCCGAUGUGCCGAGCAGCAUACCAACCGCAACAACAUACGGCGAUUACAGCGGCGAAUGGCAGUCCUCAGUGCCGACGUACGCCGACGCGUCGACCGUGGACACCGCGGCGUCUUCAUCCUUAACACCAACACUGUCUUCGGACAUACCUACACAAACAUACACGGCCUCAACAACCGAUCUGAUCGAUGGUGCCUCGUCGCUCACGCCAACAAGCGACUACAACAACAACACUGAAUUCACAAGCGAAACGCUGGCGUUUGCCACCGAAAUCGAUGACAGUCGUAUGACGCCGGAGUCUACAAUGUCGGCCGACGAACAAAUAAACAGUAUUACUUCCCAACAACAACACUUUACAACACAAAAUAUGGCCACGCCAGUGUCGACUGCGCAAUCCGUGGAGCCUACGUCAACCACGUGGUCCGAGAGCAGUGAACACAGCUGGUCACCUACCACUACAACCAAUGAAACCGAUGAUGGCGAGACACUGUUCGCCUCUCCGACUGCAAUGUUCGACGCGGAAAGCGUUGCAGCCACAGCAAUCUUCGCAGAGGACAACAAUGCUGCAGAGGAAACGCAAACCGUUGCUGUGGACACCGAUUCAUUUGCAACAAUCAACACUACCUCCAGUGAAAUUGAAGCGGAAAGCAGCAGCAGCAAUAGCAACACCAACAACGACGGCUUCACUGAAGCGCUAGCGGAUGAUGUUGCUGGCACGCAGAGCACAACAACAGCACACCACAGAGUCUUUAAUUUACCAGCUGAACGGGCGCAUAUCGGUCACAUGUGGAAGCAGCAGUCGGGCAUUGCGGCGAGCAUAGCCUCGCUGUUGCACAAACAACUGCUGACGACGAGCGCCAGCAGCGGCAACAAAUACGCUUGGCGGCCGCAGCGCGCUGAAGAAUACUCAGAUGAAAUAAUCGUGGCUACAGGACGGCCAGUCGCGACUGAAACGGAAACGACAACCGAUAUUGCAGCGGGCGAUCGUGCAACAUGGUGGCAACACCAUAUGAAUCACAGCGGCACGAACUUUUGGGACAAAGGCAUUGCGGAUGAGGUGCUAAGCAGCGGCGACGAUGCCGAUUUGGAUUGGCUGAAUCACCACAACAAGCACCGCAAUGCAAGCAAGCGCCGGCAUAACAACCGCAAGGCCAACAACAGCCGAGAUGUUGAAGCCGUGUCACAGCAACCGUUGCAAGCGUUGUUGACGAGCGAUUCGAGCCUUAGUUUUAGCAAAAAAUAUUUAGCCGAAGGCAAAUUACAACGACAAAGUAGCAAAGCAGUAAGCGGCAACAACAAAUUGCUGGCAUCAACAACAACAGCGCAUGAGUACAGCAGCACAAUGGCGACAGCGCGUGCUAGUGGUGCAACAACACACACGGAAGGUGUUAUUAAUACCCCAACAACAACAACAGUGAGUGAUAAAACAUUGACAACAACGACAACGACAGCACAACGCCAUUAUCCCCUGCAGCAAUUGCUGGGCAAUAAAACACUCUUGCCGCUGCACAAUCAACCGCCGUUGUUGCAUUUCGAUGGCAACAGCAAUCACUUGGCACACACACAUCCACCCACAGCAACCACGCUCCUCACAUCAACUUCCGCUGCCGCCGCUGCGCCAACUUCAACAACACUUGGCGGCGACGCGACAACUGCCGCGGCAGCGUUGACCACCAAAAAGUCGAUACGCAUCUCGACGCAGAAAUUGUUGGCGACACCCUUCCAUCAGCUCACCUAUGUGCGCAACAACGCCGGCGACAUCGAUAUCGACAAUAUGGACAACAUCAGCGUCUAUCCGGAUCUGCUGGAGGAGUCGGGCGAAUUGGCGGAUCAACAUUCGACGGAGCGCGCCGAACCCGAUGCGACACGCAAUAGCCGACUGACAAUCGUUAGCGGUUAUCUGCCCACUUCGGCCACGGCGACGCUACCCGAAUCGAUACGUCUGGCUAAGAUUAAGAUUAACAAGGAGAGAAAGCGCAUGAUGAGCAUGAGAAAAAGACACACCAGGCGUUAUGCGUAGUGGUGGUUUGGGGAAGAAAAUAAUAAAAAAAUUACAAAAUUGAUAUAUCCAGAGUUUAUGAGCUUUCACAAGCUUUCGAAGUAGCUUUUUAAACACCAAAUAUGCCUAUUGCAGCAAAAGCUUCGCAAAACUACUCGCUAUAUAUCGCAAGUGCACGAUGUAUCGUAAUAUCAUUUUAUAUUCAAUGUAAAAGCACAAAGUACGUAAGCUUUUUGUGAAAGCUUUUAAAAUUUUCGAAAGUAAUGAUAUUGCUACAGCGUUAACAAUAGAAGCAAAACAUUUGUUCUUAAAAAAUUGCAAACUCUUUCUGAAAACGCUUACAGUGAAAGCUUACAACGAUCUAUGAAAGCUUUUGCUUAUAGAGCUUUCACCUAAUAAAAUGCAGACUUGUUUGUGUACGAAAAACAAUUCAAUCUUAAAAAAUAGUUGCGGUUUAAGAUUUGUACUGAAAUAUAAACUGAAAAACCUACAAUAUGUGUUGCAUAACUAUUAUAUCUUAUAGAUAUUAGAAAUCCAAACAUUUUUUAGCGAAAUUAGUAGACACAGUGUUGACAGGCGAAUAAAUUUGAUAUUUCACAGCGAAAAAACCUAGAAAUUCACAAAGCGGAGGCGAAUGCACGAAUACCCGCAAACUCUCAUACGAAAAUACACGUUUUUGAGCGCCGCAAACAAUUUCGAUCGUUGAUAACUUCAAACACUGUGUAGUAUAAUAGACAAUGUUUAAUGCAUAUUUUGUUGCAGUUAAUUGAAAAUAAAUGAGACAAUAAACAGCUGGCAUAUGUAGUUUAUGGUUAAUGAAAUAAUAUAUGUAACGAAGAAAAUCCAAUAAAGACGCGAAGCAGUUAAAAAUUAAACGCGAGAACAUGCAUAUAAUUUCAAAAUACUACUUUUGAAAAUAAACAAAAAAUAAAAAAUAAAUCGUAGAUCAAAACAAUUUUUGACAGAAAUUAUUAUUAAAGCGUUAAAUGUGCUUUUUGAUAUAUGCAGAGUAAAUACUAUACGAAUAUAAGUGAAUAAAAAAUAGUAACAGGAAUCAUUAUUAGUAACUAAUAAAUGUUUGAAAUUUGCACGAUUAAGCCUUGGCGAAGCGAAAAUAAAAGAAAUUAAAUUUAAAGUAAAAAAACUAAACUACAGCAGCAUAACAGUAAUUUCAACUGAGAAACGAACGUUUUAUCAACUAAAUCGCACACAGUAACACUUCCAAAAAUAAGCAAGAAAAAGUUAUAUAUACAAAAGCAAAAAGAGCAUAGAAAUAACAAUUUGAAAAAAGUAAAAAUUAUAAAUAAACAUAUUUAAUUGUUUGCAAAUUUAACUAUACCAAAAAAUGUAAAAUACAACUUUGCGAAAACGGAAAAUGCUUGGGUUGAAGUUAUGAAAGAAUAAAUUUACUAUUAUUACGAGAAUUAUUUAUUUGAGUACAGUGAUGAAAUAAGCGAGAAUUAAAGUUAUAAAAAAUAAGAAAAAAUAUUAUACGAAGCAGAUUUUCCUAUAAUUACAGCAAUAAUUAGCCACAGCAAUGAAAUAUUAAACAAUUUUGCAUUAAACCAAAAAGAAAAACAAAUAAAGAAUUUAGACUUUUGCUAGCAUACUAGGCGAAAAAUUAUAUACAAUUCAAAAACAAUUUAAUAUAAAAAAUAUUAAAAAAAACACUUAAGGGAACUAUUUAUUAAAGGCGAAUUAUAUAGCAACUACUUAAUUAGAAGAAUAAAUUUAUGAGAAAAAAAAAUUAAAUAUUAACGGCAUAGUAAAGCAAAAGAAAUUUCGAAAAUUAUGAAAGUGUGCAGACUCAAAUUACUUUGGAUUUAUGAGCGAGAAUUGAGCAGAAAACUGAUUUUAUUUAUUUUUGAUUUAUACAUUCAGAAUUUUUGAAUUUUAUUUGAGUGAAAAAAAUAUGCAGAGCGCACACACAGCAAAAGUUAUGAGGAAAAGAGCAAAACUGCGCGUUGAUUGGUUAGGCUAACAUGCUGUGCUUGACUAACGCACACUAGCACAAGCAAUGCAUGCAGCGAGAAAGAGCAAUGCUGCAUGCUGAUUGGUUGAUGCAUUAACUGGCGCUUUUGACUCGGUUUGUGUGUUAGAAAUUGAUUUGACACUAUUAUUGAGCAGCAAAAACAGUGUUAUGCCUGCAAAAAUUCUUAUUUAAUCUACUAUUUUCAAAUUAAAUUAUGUUUUAAUACACCGUUAAACAAAUAUUUAACAACUAUGCGUACUUUUAAGUACCAACAAAAUACUAUACCAGCACAUUUAAAGCAAAAAAAAUAUAUAACAAAGUUAAAAAAAAAAUGUUACCAUAACAAAUUUGUUGCUCGAAUAUUUAUUAACACACAUAUAACAGCAGAUGAUGAAAUGUGUAUUAUUUAUAACCGAACCGUAUUGAAAACAAAACUAACCGAAAUCCUAAAGUAACAAAAAAGAGCUGUUUCAUGACUUCAAACCACAGAACCUGAGGAAUAUAUAUAUAUAGAAAUAUAUAAAAAAAAAAUAAUAAUGAAGACUUAACCAAACGAGAAAUGGAAUGUUGAGAAGAACUACUUUAUAGUUAAUAAAAACAAAUUUCCAUUUCCACUAAAGAAUGUAAACAUAAACUUAAACUUAAGCUUAAACGUAAUAUAAAAGCGUAUGAAUUUGUAUAGACGAGCGUACGGAACAAUGAAAUUAAUUAGUUAAUAAUAAAAUAUGGUUAUGAAUAUAUAAUAAAUAACACGUGUACUUGAAGCUGCUUGUUGGGAAAAAAAAAUGUAAAUGAAAAUGCAUAUUCUUGAGUAAUAUAUAAACUACUAAAGUCAGAGAGAAAAGUGCAUAAAGCAUACUGAAAAGCACACAGUUUUAAAGCCAUGCGGGUAAAUAAUAGAAAUAGGCAGCAACUGAAAUAUAAUAUAUUGUAAAAAUAGCAUUUAAAUUUAUUUUUAAAUUAAUUUUUAUUUUUAAUAAUUUUUUUUUUUUAAAUUAUGUUUUUUAAUUUUUUUUAUUAUUUUAUAUUUUAUAUUUUUUAACUUAAAUACGUUUUGUUAACUUUACUCUUAAUGUAAUGCAUAAAAAUAUUGUAUUUAAACACCUUUUUUGUAUUGUAAUAAAAAUAUUUUUUCACUUAACCCCCAAAAUAGUUAUUAAAACUAGAUGCGAAUAUAAACAAUAAGCUAAGAGAGAUAUGCAGAAAAUACGAAAUAAAAAAAAUUAAUUAAUUCACACACACUUCAGUUAACUACUAAUUGCAUAAGGCUUAGACAUUUAUAGGUAAUAAUGUGUAUGUGUAGAGUAUUAAAAUUGCGUGGAAAACAAUAGCAGUGUAAUGCAGAAGGUACUACUAUAAGUAAAUAACAAAUGAUUAAUUGCAUUAAAUAUAUGCUGGUUAUAUAAAUAUUGUAGCAUAAAAGUGAAGUGGCAUCUAACGACUAAACAAUAAAACAAAAAAAAUAAAAAAUAAAAUAAAAAAACAAAACGAAAAUGUUUUAAACGCCAAUAUUUGUAAAUUAAUUUUGCUGCCUCAAAAUAUAUAAAUAUGUAUGUAUUUAACAAAUAUAAUUAACUAUUAUCUAUAUACACUAACAGCUUUGCAUUAUUUAAACUAUUUAUGCAUAUUUUUCGCACACAACUGUCAUCAUCAUUAAUUUAGUGAUACACACUUAUUUUUUAUACUUCUUUCCUCAACAACUCACACUUUCCGCUAUUCAAAAAACGAAUUACAAAAACUUUUCACUCGAGCUUUCACCACGCACGAGCUUUUACUGAAACUUUCACUAAAGCUUUCACUGCAAUUUCAAGUCCAACUUUCUCUCUCACACUUAUCUUUGUUCAAAAACUUACUGAAAAUACUUUUCACUUGAGCACGAGCUUUUACUGAAGCUUUCACUAAAGCUUUCACUGCACUUUCAAGUCCAACUUUCUCUCAACCACUUCACACAUCAUUGUUCAAAACCUUACUAAAAAUACUUUUCACUCGAAUUUUCACAACGCACGAGCUUUCGAGGAAGCUUUCACGGCGCUCUCAAGUCCAAUUUUCAAUCUCACAUUUCUCUCUAUUCAAAAAACAUACUACAAACACUUUUCUGACGAACUUUCACAACGCACAGGCUCUUUUACUAGAGCUUUCACUGCGCUUUUCAUACAACACACCAUACAAAUACACUUUGUAGAAAAUUUUCCUUAGUUUUUAAUUUAAAUAAAUAACUACUACUACUAUUAUCGUACUACUAAAUUUGUUUAGUUCAACUAUCAAUUAAUUUAUAUUUAAAUUUUGUUUUAUUUUAUUUUAAAUUGUAUCAUUAAUGUAUAAUUAUUUAUGUGUAGAAAAGAAAGCGCCGCAAACUGCUAAAUAAAAUCAAAUAUAUAUAAAAUACUAAAUGCAAUGAUUUUUUAUUAAUUUCACUGGUC